AUGGCGGCCAACAACCCCGUUAAGGGGGAUAAGGGGGAGGGCAAGGACCGCAAGGAUGGAGAACUCUACGGUCCCCUUUGGAAAGGCUCCCCCUACUGGACGCGCAUCCGCGCCCUCGAGAACAUCGAUCUUCUCGCUUACUUUGGUGCCAACCGUAUUCUUGCUCUCAUUGGGGGCCGCACCAUCCACGUAACUUUCCUUCUCUAUCGCCUACGCCACGUCCUCCCCACAGUCACUAUCCAAGAUCCCCAGGCUGAGCACACAGGCAUCGACUACCUCUGCGAACCUUUCUCCCUCUCCACAGACCACACCGAACUCAACCUGCGCGCACACUGGUCCAACCUCUGCAAGCACCUAGCCCAGCUGGAGCAAGAGUACGGCCGCCUGCUGGUGAAGCUUCUGACUGACCUGCGCAAGUUUGCAACACACUUCCAGCAUUUGCAGCAUGCAGGUGAUAAUAAUGGGAUGGACGAACCGAAUCAGACAUUUGCCUUUGUGCUGAUCAUUGAGGAGCUGUUGAGCGCGGGCUGGGAGGGGGCGAUUGCACGCGACACGCUGCAGGCGAUCCAGGUGGGCGUAGAGUGUACCAAGGAAGAGAUCGAUCAGAUGCUGGGUGUGAUGGAGGGCACGAGGGAGUACCUGCAGUCGGGAAUAAUUAUGGGGGUUAGGGUGAAUGAGGCAGAGGGGGUGGAUGUUAGCAAUUUGUGCGAGUUGCUGGAGAUGGAGCGGGUCGGGAUGGAUGAGGAGAUUAUUCAUCAGGGGAUUGUGAAGAUUAGGCAGCAGAUGCAGCCGUUCAAGGAGUUGCGUGAGGCAGCAGAGUGUGUGGAAAGGAGCUUGAAGGCAGCUUGGGAGUUUUGCGAGAGACAUGUGUGGUUCAAGGAUGGGGAUGCGGCGUGGUUGGUCAUUGGGUUCAAGCACUGA